AUGAAGGUUCUAGUUGUACUAUGGACAAUAUGUUUGAUAAGAUUCUGUUACUGCGGAGGUGAUGAUGGUGAUUUACAAGCACAAACACCCCCUGAUACUACUGAACAAGCAUCUCCAGAGCCAAAAACAUCUGAAAAGCCUUUAAAUCCUCUCCUUUCCAAAGUAGAUACCUCACUCUUUGAUGCCUUGGACUCUGUUGAGGACCAUGUUGAGGUUCUUAAACUAACAGCCAAAGAUGGUACCUCUACUAACAAACUUACCUUUGACGGUCAGACAGUUUGGGAAGCUAAAGACCCGAAUGAUUCAUGUUCAGUAGCUACUUUCUACCUUGGACCGAAUAAUGACCCACUGGCUGCUUCGUACAGGUUCAAGAGAGAUGAUAAGCUAAUGGAAGGUUAUCGUAAAUUUGCGGAUGGAAAGUGGUUCCGAGUCAGUGGUGUUGUCUUCAAGAAAUUGAUAGGGAAAGAUAAACCUACAAAACCUGUAAGUAAAUUCGCUUCCAAGGUGGAUGGAUCCUCAUUUGAUGUAGAGGAGGUAAAGGAAGGUAAUAUUCCAGUUCUUAAGCUCACUCCUAAAGAUGGUAAAUUUGUAACUCAACUAAAGUAUGAUGGAAAGGAGAUAUGGUCCGCUAGAACAUUCGGUCCUUCUGUCUCUUCUGCAUCACUGUACAUGGAUAGAGAGAAGCCUAAACUGGCCGCUAUAAAAACAAAGGAUUUUCUUGGCGGUAAUGAAUCUAUGAUCUAUAGACACUAUGACACUAAUGGUGGAGUAUGGAAAAGUCUUAAUAAAAACGAAUUUGAUGAGAAGUUAAAGACAAUGAUGGGAGAAUAUGCAACGCCAGUUACUAUCGACCUUUCUAAUCUAGAUGAAACUAAAGUAACUGUGCAUGCACAGAACAAUGGAGAUUUUGAGCACAAGUUUUAUCUUCCAAAUGAUGGUAGUAAUGUGAGAUGUAUUGUUAAUGCCGGAACUACCGUUUGGGAGGCUAAUGAAUCUGACCACAGGUGUUGUUUCGCUAGGUCUUAUUCCAAGGGAGGUGAUACGCUAUUUGUCAUAACUGUAAGGAAUGACACUGGUUACGCCGAUAAAUACUUUGAGAAAGUUGGUACUGAAUGGAAUGAAGUUGGUAGGGAAGUAUUUGGUAAGAAGAUUAAUGCAAUGGUUGGAGGACUUCCUACUUCUACUUCCACUCUGGCACCUAAAAAUACUCUUAGGAGUACUACAGCUCAAGCUUCAGUCUCUUCUAAUCCACAUCCUUCUACCUCUCUCAAGCUUCUCAGUAGUGAGUCCUUAUGA